CUGUUGUAUCCGGCGUCGCAUCGGUUCACCAACAACUGACAGCAGGGAGUCAUUUUCGCCGGUUGAACCGUCGCGAGACUCUCGAUUUGGCGCAAGUCAAGACAGGACAACAUUCGUCUAACCAUCAGCAAUCAGGAAGCACGUGCACUUGAAACCACUGCAUCGUCGUGUGACAACGAUCGGGACCAGUUCAACGACGUUCUCACCAGUGUCCAUCGCAGUUGAACAUAGAAAGUGUCAGAUCCAAGGCUGCUGUACUUCUAAGUUGGGUAGCUAUCAACUGUCUAAAGCAAAUACGAUGUCCAAACCAGCAUACAAAAUUGCUGAUAUUUCGUUGGCGGAAUUUGGGCGCAAGGAAAUCAUUCUGGCCGAGAAUGAGAUGCCCGGUCUAAUGGCUUGCCGGCAAAAGUAUGGUCCAGCGAAGAUUUUGAAGGGUGCCCGCAUCGCUGGUUGCCUGCACAUGACCAUCCAAACCGCGGUGCUGAUCGAAACACUCAUCGAGUUGGGUGCAGAGGUACAAUGGAGUAGCUGUAACAUCUUCAGUACGCAGGACCACGCGGCCGCCGCAAUGGCGAAGGCCGGCGUGCCCGUGUACGCGUGGAAGGGUGAAACGGACGAAGAGUACCUGUGGUGCAUCCGCCAGACGCUCAUCUUUCCCGAUGGCGAGCCUCUCAACAUGAUCCUAGACGAUGGUGGCGAUCUGACGAACCUAGUACACGCCGAGCACGCAGACCUGUUGAAGAAAAUCCAGGGCGUCAGCGAAGAAACGACGACCGGUGUUCACAAUUUGUACAAGAUGUUCCGCGAAGGUCGUCUCGGCAUGCCGGCGAUCAACGUGAAUGAUUCAGUGACAAAGAGCAAGUUCGACAACCUGUACGGAUGUCGCGAGUCGCUGUUGGACGGUAUCAAGCGGGCUACCGAUGUCAUGAUCGCCGGCAAGGUGUGCGUGGUAGCGGGAUACGGCGAUGUCGGGAAGGGGUGUGCCCAGGCCCUCCGCGGUUCCGGCGGACGUGUCCUCGUCACCGAGAUCGACCCCAUCAAUGCACUGCAGGCGGCAAUGGAGGGCUUCCAGGUGACCACGAUGGAAGAAGCGAGCAAAGAGGCGCAGAUCUACGUCACCACCACCGGCUGCACCGAUAUCAUCAUGGGCGAGCAUUUUCUCAACAUGCCGGACGACUCAAUCGUGUGCAACAUUGGUCACUUCGACUGCGAAGUCAACGUGGAAUUCCUCGAAAAAACGGCAACGGAAAAGGUGAACAUCAAGCCGCAGGUUGAUCGCUAUCUCUUGUCGAACGGUCGGCACAUCAUCCUGCUGGCCGAAGGUCGCCUGGUGAAUCUGGGCUGCGCCAUGGGUCACUCUAGCUUCGUCAUGUCAAACUCGUUCACCAACCAGGUACUUGCCCAGAUUGAGCUCUGGACCAACCCAGACAAGUACCCGAUCGGUGUGCACGUGCUGCCGAAAAAGCUGGACGAGGAGGUGGCCGCGCUUCACCUGGACAAGUUGGGUGUUAAGCUCACUAAGCUCAGUCCGAAGCAAGCCGAAUAUUUGAACCUGCCAGUAGGCGGCCCGUACAAACCGGAUCACUAUCGCUACUAGUGUUGCCGUAUGCGUAGAGCAAGCGGGCUCCCUCAUUGCAAGCGAAAUCGAAAUAACAGAAAAAAGAAAACUAAAAAUACGAUUCGGGUGGUUUUUGAUAGGAGCACGUUAUACCUCACGCGUACGUACAUGAUGGAGAUGUCUGGUCCAUAAACUGAAACGGAGCAAUAACACACAAGAAAGGAAGGGUCAAGGAAGCCGAAUGUUGAUGCCUUGCUAGAUUUUUUUUCAUCAUGAAAAUGCCAAUAUCAAUGCGGCCAAUGUCUGAUUCUGUUUUUGUCGAAAAGCACACUAAAGUAGACAAAUGUGCGAGGAGAAGAAUUGUAUAUUAAUAAACGUAUCUAAACAGUUGUGGAACGAUGAAUGUCGAA